AUGGAGUCACCCAUUAUAUACAUAAUGAUUUUACUCUUGAAUGUGUUUGAAUUUUCAUCAGGAGUGAUAUAUAAUAAAUAUGAGAAGAAGAACCAUUUUGCUUGUUCUAGUGAAGAGGUCCAUACAGACAAGAACUUAUUCAAGUUGUUUCUUUCCACUGACAGUCUGAAAGUCUACUGUUUCUUCCGAAAUCAAAAAACAGAUACUUCAAGGGAAAUUUUGAGUGUAUUUACAUCAGGAGGCCAUGCUCCCAAGCUGAUAAUCAUGAACAGCACAUACCACGGUCAUUUCCACUUUAACUUAUCUCUGAUCAACAAUCGAACUUCCUGGCUGAUGGAUAUUCCCAGAGAAAGGAUCACAGUAAACACAGAUAUCGAGUCUGUAGAAGAAUGGAUAAUAAAGGUCACAAUGCAUGAAGGGUUAAACAUUUAUGAUACUGAGGGAACCCUAUUGGAUCUUGUCCGAGAGCCUAUUCUUCAGUGGAAUCUUGGAGCAAUAAUGAAUAAAGCACAGGUCAAAAAAUUGCAUCCACAUGUGACAGAUAUCAAAGUGGCAAAGUGCCCCUGUGCCAAUGAUGUGGCAUUACUAGGCUUAAUUUUGAACGAAACAUUUAAUGGUGUUUUCAUAGGCAGGACCUCUUCUGGGUUUUGGGAAUAUAAUGAAAUCAUAUGGUAUAACCUGACACAAAACAUCUAUUCACAACUUAAAGAUGAACACAAAGGACUUACAAUAAUAGAUAUGGUUUUAACAAAUCACUUUUUAGUCAUCCUUACCUCUUUGGGUCUUUAUGUAAGUACUGAUCUUCGUUAUCCAGACUCUGAACAAAUACAGCUGUCAAGAGCAGACUUUUGUGGUUUUGAAAGGGUUGACUAUAUCAAAGGAAAACUGUGGUAUAAUGAAAGAUGUUUUGCAAACAGAGAAAAUUUUGAAGUUGAUUAUGUGACUAUCACUUUCGACAGAAACAGGACCCUAAGUGAGUCCAGUUCUUGUUUUUAUAGUAAAGAACCAUUUCUUCAGUGGUUGCCUUGCUUAUCUUCUACUGUUAAAAAUAGGAGAUUCAUUCCACAUGUGGUAACAUUUCUUAUUGACCAAGAAAGUCAAACUGGAAUUUAUCUCUUCCAUAUACCGAAUUCCAAAAGGACCUUUGUCUCUGUGUCAGUGCUCAAGGAUGACAAACCAAAUGAAACUCAACCAAAAUUUCCAAAUUUCAAAUUUCCUUCCUCAUUCUCUAAUCCAGUUGGAAUGGUGUUCCAUCCCCGAAGCCACUUUCUAUAUGUUUAUGGCAACCAGGUAUGGCUUUCAGAGGAUGGUGGCAAUUCUUUUGACUUACUAUGUGACUUUCUAAGUAACUUUGUAAGAAAGACUGUUCAUAGUUUUUAUACUUCAGAUAUAACUUUUAUUACACAAAGUGGAAAGAUUUACAUGACAAAGGCAGGAUUGACAACAUACACUCUACAUGGAAACUGGGAUGACAAAGUUUUCACAAUAUACUAUGAUCACUUGGGAUUCAUACACAAACUGACUCCAGAACUCUUUGACACUGAUUCAUCAUCUUCAGACUCUCAAACUUCUAAUCGGAUUUUUGGAAAGCCUCCUGAUUUGGGAUUUAAUACUGCACUAGCCCCGCAGUAUAUCACUCCCAAUGAGAUGAUUUUCUUUGCGUAUGUACCUCUGACUGAACCUAACUAUAACCUAUACAGAAGGAAGUUCAAAAGUAUUCACCUUGGGAAAGUGAUAAACCACAGCAAAGGUGGAGAAGCUUACAUAACAAAAUUAUUCAUACAUACCAAUGGUCCUUUGGGAUUUCAUACCUCAGCUCUCACAGAAAUAGUAGAACCUUUUCCAGUAGAAAGCAACGUGGCCACCACAUGUAUAUAUGGUUCUCUUAAUAUUUCAUAUACUGGAAACAUUUUCUACCAGAUUAGUAUUACAACACAAGGUCAUUUAGCAGUGUUUAGCAAUACAGAUGUAGAAAUGACUGUGGUGAGUCCUGGAUACAGCAGCUUCCUGAUCACACACAUUGUGGAUGAAAAGAAUGCUUUAUCGAUGGCAACUAUGCCCCAUAUAAUAACAUCAACUUUGUACUUCCCAGUAAAUUCUUGGUUCUUAUACAACUUUGGCACAACUACAGGACGGACUUGGAACAUUAGUGUAAGACCAUGUAAUUACUGGGUUCAACAAGAUGAUAAUGAUGUUAUAUCCCCCAGCAUUGUGAAGUAUAUUGAUAUGGGAAACGAAGAGAAUUAUGAAAUUAAGUUGAUGCCUAUCACAAAAGGUAUGAGGAUACUUCAUAUCCCACCAGUUGGUGUGAUUGUCGGAAACCCAGCGUUAUUGGAAGUUACGACAGAAGGCUAUUUUGACAUCACUGAUAGCUACCACAUGAAGGUUCACAUAGCCAGCAAAUUUUUCCAAAAAGGUUCCACUUCACUAGCACUGGUUGUGUGGGAAGCAUCAAGUCAGUGCUAUCUUACCACACUGGUGCCAACCAUGAAGAGCAGUUGCAGCUACCUCAGGACUAUGCACCACAUUCCCGGCAGACACAUACCACCUGAACACUGGAUUAGCGGAGUUCACAAGGACAGCCAAGGUUUCAAUAUGAUCAAAACUCUGCCGGUAAACUACAGACCUCCAUCUAACAUGGGAGUUUAUAUUCCACUCACAGAUAAUUUUUAUCAUGCAGACCCUAGCAAACCCAAACCAAGAAGUCUAUUUCACAAGUCAAAGGAAACUGGCAAAUACAAACAAUGUGCUAACGCUAGGGAUCGGGCAAUGUGCAACUGCACAGAACAUCAAAAGUUUUCACAUGCUGUUGCUUUCUCAGAUUGCAAAGAAAAGGUUCAUCGUUUCAAGUUUCCAGUCACACAAUACCCAGUUGUUUUGGAAAUUAUUGAUGAAAAACAAAAAGUAUCUGUGAAACCUCCAUAUUUGGUUACCAUGACUGAAGUGAAUAGGAGGCAAAACUGGCAACUAAAACACAAUAUGCCAGAAAAUGUUAAGAAAAUGAAGAACUACUUAGAUACAAGGCUUAAGACUCCAGUGUAUAAUCCUUUUGGUCUCAACCUAAGUAUAAGGGGCUCUGAGCUGUUUCACUUCAAGGUGUCUGUGAUUCCUGGGGUCAGCUUUUGUGACUUACAUGAAGAAUUUCAGAUUUAUGUCGAUGAAGUACCAUUGCCUUUUCCAGGACAUGUACUAAUUGCUGUUGCAACAUCUGUAGUGCUAGGGGGAUUAAUUUUUGUAGCAUUUCUAUUCCAACUUCGUAACAUCCACCCAUUGAGAGCAUUCCGGAGAUAUGUCAGAGGAACUAUUGCACACUCAUCAAAUUUAAGUAUCGACUCAUAA